AUGGUGGUCCCUCCUGUACGAGAGGACACUUAUGUAGGGACUGUAAUAGGUAGAUGCAAGCUUGUGGAUGGAGACUACCCGAAUUCUGGCCACGACGUUCCCUUUGUGGAGAUAAUCGCUGGCAACGAGGAUCAGAAAUUUGGCGUCGACUACAAAACGUGCGACAUCUCACUUCUACGCUCCUUGGAUUAUGAAACGAAAACAUCAUAUACCCUGACAUUUCGAGCUUACAACUUCCCAAACGACCCGAACGCAACAACUAAACAGCAAACCAUUACUGUAGUUGAUGUCAACGAUAAUUCUCCGGUAUGGGAUUUUACACACAUGGACAUUAUGGUGAGAGUGACCGAGAACGGUAAACCGCCAAGGUCGACAACUGUCACCGUGGUCUUCAGGGUGGUGGACAUGGACGAUCAGCCACCAGUAUUCUCAUUUUUGUACUAUUUUGCAA